AUGAUGGAGUCUAUUACAUCCACGUUGCAAUUGUUGACGCCUAAGGAUGUCUGGAAUGUGUUCGCCCACACCAUUACCAUUGGCCUCAUCGUAGGUACGGUCUUCUUUUUGGAUGAUUACAGGAUCAAGAUCGAUCGUCAAAACCAGCUCAACGAUUGGAUAAGAAGAGCCAGGCAGGAAAAGGCUUCCAAAGAACACAAGGUCCUAGACAUGGCGUUGGAUGAUGAGUCGAAAAUGGAACUUCUCACCGCCAAGGAAACACGGGAGCAAAUCCUUGCCAAGACGUUAGAUCCAAAGCAGAAUGUCGCAUUCUUGGCAAAACGAUGUCGGGCUUACAAUCAAGAUAGAAAAUAUGGCGUCAAUGCUAUUGCGGAAGAACUCUACGACGAGGCUUACGAGACAGCUUCCUCUUUGGAUAAAAAUGUCACUGCUGACACAGCUCCACCCCUUUACGGAGUGCCGGUGUCCAUCAAGGAGUCCAACGGAGUCAAGGGGACCUUUUCUACUGGGGGAUUGGCGUGUCGCUUGAACAAACGACAGGAAGAGGACUCUCUGCCGGUCGAACUGAUCCGCAAGGCGGGAGCCAUACCCAUUUGUACUGGUAACACUAUCCAACUCAUGAUGCUGGCCGAGUCGACGAAUCGAAUAUGGGGCAGAAGUAGAAAUCCAUGGGACUUGUCUCGAACUCCGGGAGGUUCGUCGGGUGGGGAUGCGGCAUUAGUGGCGAUGGGUUGCGUCCCGUUGGCCAUUGGCAGUGAUAUUGCAGGCAGUAUUCGUAUCCCAGCCUGUUUCUCGGGUAUUGUUGGAUUCAAACCAACUUCCACAAGAUUGAGCGGGAAGGGAUGCAUGAAACCUCGCAAGGACGACAAAGCAGGCUCAGGCAUAGCUAUUCCUGCAACGGGGGGACCAAUGGCAAAAACUGUGGACGAUUGUUUCCUGGUUAUGAAGGCUAUGUGCACACCAGAUUUGUGGGAGAGCGACUUGAACGUCCCGCCUGUCCCUUUCAAAGAAGAAAUUUACCUAGACCAACAAUCAAAGCUGAAGAUUGGCUAUUUCACGACAGAUGGUUGGUUUGAACCGUGCGCCACAUCCAAGAGAGCUUUAAAGGAGACUUUGGAUGCCCUCACCAAAGCAGGGCACGAAUGUGUUGAAUUUGAGCCUCCAACAGAUGGAUGGCACAACUAUGGUUUGCUUGUUGGCAUCAAUUCGGCCGAGGGGAACUUCAAGAGCUUUCUUGAAGCACUGGAAGGCGAGGAAUGCAUCAAUGAAUACUCAACAUUAAUUCGUGCUUCCAAUAUUCCCGAUUGGCUAAGAUGGAUUCUUGUCAGAGUCCUCGAUAAACGCCGCGCCCACUUGCUGGGUAGCACUCGCAAUGGGGGCAUUAGUGUUUUUGAAUUAUGGAAGCGCACAGCCGAGUUGUUGAGUUUGAGAUCGGCAUGGUCAGAUGCAGUGAGAGAGGCGGGCGUCGAUGCUCUCGUCUAUCCAGGUUUCCCGAUCCCAGCUGCACCUCACGGCAUCUCUGGUGACCUCACUGCAGCCGUCUCCUACAUGUUCAUGCCCAACCUACUAUUGUGGCCUUCUGGGGUGGUGCCAGUGACCACAGUACGAACUGACGAACAGCAUUACAGAAUGGAGGAUCUACCUUUGAAUCAACGCGACAAAGCUGCCAAAAUUACAGCCGACCGGGUGAUGAAGAAUAGCGAGGGUAUGCCCUUGUCAGUCAGCGUGAUGACUCCAGCAUUUGAGGAUGAAAAGUGCCUCCGAGUGAUGAAGGAGAUUGAACGACUGGUGGAUUUCAAGGCCGAACCAUCUGCCUACAAGAAGUACAGGUAG